AUGUCGCAUUCCGGCACUGUGCUCCCCUUCAGCGCAAAGGCCCACGCCCACCUGACGCCCUACCUGGCCGCCAUCCACGCCUCGUGCAUCACGCACGACCGCGCCAUUGCCACCUUUCUCCCGCCGCUGUCGCACGAGAAGCUGCUGGCCUGGUGGAAGGAGCGCAUCGCAGAGGUCAGGGACGGCAAGCGGCUGAUCUGGAUCCUCGUCAGCGGCGAGGUUGACGGCCCGGCCCGGCCCGUCAGGGGCACCGAGGUCAUGGGCGUCGUCAUGCUGUCCUUGCCGAGCUCCGAGACGGGGCCAUUUCGCGGCACCGUCGAGAAGCUGCUGAUACACAAGAGCUUCCGUGGCCGUGGCGGCGCGAGGGCCCUCAUGGCUGCCCUCGAGAGCGACGCCGCCCGGCUUGGCCGCACCGUGCUCUUGCUCGACACCGAGACGGACAGCCCGGCCGAGGCCGUGUGCAAGAAGCUGGGCUACACGGAAAUGGGUAGGAUUCCCAAGUACGGCAUGAGCCCGUCGGGUGAGCUCAAGGACGGCACCUUUCUUUACAAGCACCUCUAG